AUUUUAAACCCAAAAAACAAGAUUAAUCGAGAGACAGAAAAAAAAAAAAAGGAAAAAAGGAAACUUUUCUUUUUUCCAAAAUCGAAAGAAAAGCAGAGGAAUUUGAGUUUAUGGAUUUGAGUUCCAUUCCACUUCCAAAUCCAUCGGUUUGAUCCACACGGCGCUCGCGCGUCUCCCGAUUCUCGGUUUCCGAUUUCUGGUCUGUGAAUUCGAGCCGAAGGGGCAAGUGGAUUUGGUGUUGAUUUUGGUUUAGUUACUUCCCCAUUUGGUGUGUUUGUUGGUUGGAUGUUUCUGUUAUCGUUAUUAAUUUUUUCUUUCUUAGAUUUGUUAGACGUCUGUGGUUUUGGUUAAAUCUCUUCCCCCCUCUCUCUCUCUCUGUAGAGAUCUUAUGCAAUUUGUAGCAGUUGUUUCUCAGAUUUCUAUUUAUUGGUGCAAAUCGAGGGUUUCGGUUUCGAAUCUAAUAGGAAUGAAUCCCUAAUUUUGAUGCUGAGGAAUUCAAUUGAAAAAAAAAAAAUUGUAUAGCUAGGUUAGGGUUAGGGUUCUUACAUUUUUGUUCAUCGCAAAGUUGCUAUUGUUGAUAGCUCGGAAUUUCCUCUUCUGUUCGCUUCGAUGAGGACACUUUUUCAGUCGGAUCCUUGUAAAGAGCCACAGCUGAAUGCAUUCAAUCCGCAGUCAUGGCUGCAAGUUGAGAGGGGGAAGCUUACGAAGCCAUGGCCGUUGCCGACGCAGUCGUCGUCUUCUUCGUCGUCGUCAAUAGAAUCUCUCAUCAAGGUUCCCGAGCCUCGAAUUCAUCCGUUCUAUAAGCCUGUUGAUUACGUCGAAGUUUUGGGGCAAAUUCACGAGGAGCUCGAGUCAUGCCCUGCGACCGCGAGGUCGAGUCUUUACUUGUUGCAGUAUCAGGUGUUCAAGGGGCUCGGCGAGACGAAAUUGAUGCGGCGGAGCCUCCGUUUCGCGUGGAUGAAGGCGAGCAAUGUGUACGAGAAACUUGUUUUCGGGACGUGGUUGAAAUACGAGAAGCAAGGCGGGGAGAUCAUCUCCGAUUUGCUGUCGUCCUGUGGUAAAUGUGCUAAGGAGUUCGGGCCUAUAGACGUCGCCGCCGAGUUUCAUAUGGAAGAAACUCCGAGCUCAUCUUUUUUGAGUGUGCUGACGAACGACUCUCUUUUUCAGCAUACUGUUUCGUUCGAAAUCGGAGACGAGAAAAUAUUGUGCGACCGGAAAAGGAUGGCCAGGCUUUCUGCGCCGUUCCAUGCCAUGCUUAACGGCUCUUUCACCGAAUCCGUCAGCGACAAUAUCGAAUUUUCGAAGAACGAUAUUUCCCCUUCGGGAAUGAGGGCCGUCAGCGACUUCAGCGUCACGGGAAGCUUGAGUAAAGCGUCGCCGACUCUCUUGUUGGAGAUUUUGGUUUUUGCCAACCGAUUUUGCUGCGAGAGGUUGAAGAACGCUUGCGACAAGGAACUUGCUUUGUUGGUCGCUACCGUACAAGAUGCUGUCGAGCUCAUGGAUUUUGCGCUCGAGAUGGAUUGUCCGAUUCUGGCUGUUUCUUGUCUGCAAGUUUUUCUUCGUGCGCUACCCGAUUCGCUAAACGACAAGAAGGUUGUCGAACUUUUGGGCAAUUUGGAUAGUAAGCAGAGGGCAUUAAUGGUCGGGCCUUCCGGGUAUUCUCUAUACUCCUUUUUGGUCGAGGUCUCCAUGGACUCCGAUCCUUCCUCCGACAGAACAGUUAUGUUCUUGAAGCAGUUGGUCGAUUGUGUCGAUAACAGCCAACAAAAGAUCGUUGCUUUCCAUCAGUUGGGAUGCAUUAGGUUGUUAAGGAAAGAAUACGACGAAUCAGCGAAGAUGUUCGAGGUUGCUUUCAACGAAGGGCAUAUUUAUUCGGUCGUCGGCCUAUCCCGAGUGAGUUUCGUCAAGGGGAAUAAAGACGAGUCGUACGACAAGAUCGACCGUGUAAUAUCCUCUCAUACUCCGCUCGGAUGGAUGUAUCAAGAGAGGUCAUUGUACUGCGACGGCGACAAUAAAUGGGCGGAUCUUGAGAAAGCGACGGAGCUGGACCCGACGUUGACGUACCCCUACAUGUAUCGAGCUGCGUCGUUGAUGAGAAAGCAGGAUGUUCAAUCGGCCCUUGCGGAAAUCAACCACGUUCUUGGAUUUAAGCUGGCGUUGGAGUGCUUGGAGCUCCGCUUUUGCUUCUAUCUCGCUCUCCAAGACUUCCAAUCCGCUAUUUGUGAUGUUCAGGCGAUUCUAACGCUUUCCCCCGAUUACAGAAUGUUCGAUGGGCGAGUCGCGGCUUCCAAUCUCCGCACCCUUGUACGGGAACAUGUCGAGAAUUGGACAACGGCUGACUGUUGGCUGCAGCUUUACGAUCGAUGGUCCUCGGUUGAUGAUAUCGGAUCGCUCUCCGUUAUUUAUCAGAUGCUCGAGUCCGAUGCGCCUAAAGGAGUUCUGUACUUCCGACAGUCGUUACUUCUCCUCAGGCUCGGUUGCCCUGAAGCGGCCAUGAGGAGUUCGAAGCUAGCUCGGCAGCACGCGUCGACUGAGCCCGAAAGAUUAGUUUACGAGGGAUGGAUCUUGUACGAUACCGGCCAUUGCGAAGAAGGGCUACAAAAAGCCGAGGAGUCUAUCAAUAUCCAGAGAUCCUUUGAAGCUUUUUUCUUGAAAGCCUAUGCUUUAGCUGAUUCGAGUCAAGAUCCAUCUUGUUCGUCAACUGUUGUGUCCCUUCUCGAAGAAGCUCUCAAAUGUCCUUCCGACCGGCUCCGCAAAGGCCAGGCUCUUAACAAUCUUGGAAGCGUGUACGUUGACUGUGGUAAGCUUGAUGCUGCGGCUGACUGCUACAUAAACGCCCUCAAAAUCAGGCACACCCGUGCCCACCAGGGGCUGGCUCGCGUACACUUCCUCAAGAACGAUAAAAAUGCAGCGUAUGCAGAGAUGACGAAACUGAUCGAGAAGGCAAGAAACAAUGCUUCUGCUUACGAAAAGCGAUCUGAGUACUGUGAUCGCGAACUUACUAAAGCUGAUCUCGAAAUGGUGACUCGCCUGGAUCCUCUCAGAGUCUAUCCGUAUCGAUACCGAGCAGCAGUUCUGAUGGAUAACCACAAGGAGAAAGAAGCGAUCGCCGAGCUGUCGAGGGCGAUUGCGUUCAAGGCAGACCUUCAUCUUCUUCACCUCAGAGCUGCUUUCCAUGAGCACAUUGGCGAUGUCAUGGGAGCUCUGCGGGAUUGCCGCGCUGCCCUCUCGGUCGACCCGAAUCACCAGGAGAUGUUGGAGCUUCAUAGCCGUGUCAACAGCCACGAACCUUGAAGAAAGAUGGAGAGUAGUAGUAAAUUAUGGUGAAUGAAUUUAUACAAGGAAAAAAAAUGAAAGCAAGGAAAUAGCUUUGAUAGAUGUUCAUCUCCAUGUUUUUCACCGAUCUUUGUAUCAUCAUAACCCCUCCCUCACUUUUUACUCUCUCCAUUUUUACCUGAUUUUUUGUAUCGUAGAAUUCCUCCUGUUCAAUAUAAUGUGGUGUUUUUCCUGAAUUUCAA